UGGAACGUAUCACUCCAGAGAUGAAAGCACAGAUAGUGGACUCAGCAUUAGCAGUUAUAGUGUACCCAGAACCCCCGAUGACUUCCUGAACAGUGUUGAUGAGAUGGAUACAGGUGACAGUAUCAGCCAAAGUAACAUAGCAUCCCAUCAGAACCGUUUCCCAGACUACCUUGAAGCCAUUCCAGGGACAAAUGUGGACCUUGGGACACUGGAAGGAGAUGGGAUGAAUAUAGAAGGAGAAGAACUGAUGCCAAGUCUGCAAGAGGCUUUGAGCUCUGACAUCCUUAAUGACAUGGAAUCUGUCUUGGCAGCCACCAAGCUAGAUAAAGAGAGCUUUCUUACUUGGUUAUAGGGGCCUCAGGGAGACUGAAUUCUAAAUCUGUGAAGGAUCUAAGGAGAUUAGGACAUCUGUAUCUGAAGCUCAGAACAAGCCCGUGUGGCACACUUUGGCUUGUGUUCAGAAACCGUAAAUGAACAAAUACUCAGCAAGAUUCUUUUGUUUUGCUCUUCCUUGUCCAUCGCUGCUGUUAUAUAUUGCUGACUUUUUUCCACAGUUGACUCUGAAGAACAGACAUCUUGAUCUUUUUCUAUUGCUGUUGCAACUACUGUUGGAGGGGGGUGGGGAGGGAUGAUGAGCCUAUUUGGAUGACGAAUGCCAUUCCUUUUGUCCUAGUGUGCGCUUGCAUAUCACUUUAUCUAAGUACUCAGAUUUGAGAGUUAAUUUCUGCAUGUCACUGCAUGUAGUUUGCUCAGCUAGUUGUCUCCUGCUGUCUGUGGCAAGUGGUAAAAAAACGUGACAUACUGGGGUGACAAGCCAAAAAUGAUGUAUCUGGUCAAAAUAAGUCAAUACUGAUUUGGAGAUAUAACUUAAUGGAGGGCUGAAGACUGUUUUGGCAUUAAGUGUUUCUACUAGUAGCUCCUUCAUUAGUCACAAAGUGCUCUUGUUCAUAUUUUAUGUUAUAGUAAAUCAUGAGUCAUUUUACAUAGAAACAUAUAUGAACUUUUGAUUGUUGCCACAUAUUCUAGCCUAACUUUUGUUUGUCAAAAAUAGUUUGAUUAUUUUUGUUAGUUGGUUUAACUGUAGCUGUAGGAUGGGAAGUAAUUGUAGGUGUUCUUUUUUUAAAAAAUAGUGAGAUCCAAGUUUUUUUUCUGAUUUCACAUAGUCUUAUUUAAAUCUGAAUUGUCUGCUUUUUUAUACUUAAAAACAUGCCUAUUAUAACCUGAUAAGCUAGUGAGUGCAUAAACCAGUAUGUUUUGCCUGUAACUCUUUUAUUUUUUCUGAAGGCUAGCUUUGAAUGUAAUCAUUAGAAUUCAUGACCAGUGGCUUAUUUUUCAUGUUUAGUUACAAGAUUUUGAAUUAGAACC